AUGGUCGACACAGCAGCUCCGGAAAUGGCAACUGGCCACACGAUUCUUCCUAUGACCAUCUUUGAACACUCGGUGGUUGGUGUUCUGUAUUUUACCAUAGGUAUCAUAGGCACUGUUGGAAACCUGCUUACGUUCAUUGUGUUCAUGUACCAAAAGCCAGUGAAGUCACCACGGAAUCUAGUAUUUGCGAACUUUGCUUUGGCAAACGCCUUUGUGGUGGCUCCAUUUGUAAUACCCGGGUCUUCAAGUUUUGUGGGACGGUGGUUGUAUGGAGAGACGGCUUGUCAGGCAUAUGCCUUUGAGGGCAUGCUUGCUGGGAUAGGCGCUGUAGGAGCACUGAUUGUCUUGGGCGUCGAGCGCUACCUGGCCAUAUGCUGUAAAGACCUGUAUUUGAACCUGUCCUCUGGGAAUGUGAUGUGUAUGAUUCUGCUAGGCUGGCUGAACGCUCUCUUCUGGGCCGCCAUGCCUCUUCUUGGAUGGUGCAGAUACUACAUCGAGCCGUCGGGCACAUCGUGUACGCUUGACUGGCAGAUCGUUGAUGAUCAGUAUGUGUCCUAUGUGACUGGUUUGACAACCUUCUGCUUCUGCAUUCCCUUCGCUGUACUGGUCUUGUGUCUGAUCCGGGCAUCGAACUGCAUAGUCCCCGAGACUGAGAGCUCUGAGAAAGCCAGCCCCAAGAACGAACAGGACGAAUGGUUCAGCGAGAAACAACUACUCAAGCUUGCCUGGACUUUCACCAUAGCGGCUUUCAUCGGUUGGGGACCAUACGCUUACAUCGUGAUCUGGCCAUUCUUCAACAACAUGUCCAAUGCCACUGCUGUAUUGGCCGUCAUGCCACCGCUGAUGGCGAAAGCCUCUACCAUGAUCUAUCCGUUUGCCUACAUGUCUCGCAGCGCCAAGUUCCGCAAGGCCAUGUUUCUCACACUGGGCUGUGGCGAACAAGAGAAGAAGGAAAACUAGAUGGGAGU